CCGCGCUGGGUUGCCGCCGCCGCUGCCACCAUCGUGCCAGCCCCUCGGGUCUCCGUGAGGCCGGGUGACGCUCCAGAAUGGGAGACAAGCCAAUUUGGGAGCAGAUUGGAUCCAGCUUCAUUCAACAUUACUACCAGUUAUUUGAUAAUGAUAGAACCCAACUAGGCGCAAUUUACAUUGAUGCGUCAUGCCUUACGUGGGAAGGACAACAGUUCCAGGGGAAAGCUGCCAUUGUGGAGAAGUUGUCUAGCCUUCCGUUCCAGAAAAUCCAGCACAGCAUCACCGCGCAGGACCAUCAGCCCACUCCAGAUAGCUGCAUCAUCAGCAUGGUUGUGGGCCAGCUUAAGGCGGAUGAAGACCCCAUCAUGGGGUUCCACCAGAUGUUCCUAUUAAAGAACAUCAACGAUGCUUGGGUUUGCACCAAUGACAUGUUCAGGCUCGCCCUGCACAACUUCGGCUGACCUCCUCUCAACUAGGCACUCACGCUGUUUCCUCCUCCCUCCUCUUCCCAAUACUAUUCCCACUCCUCCAGAUGCUCCAAAUAUCAUGCACAAAUGAGCAGGGCCGCGGCGGGAGUGGGCGCAGUGCGCUGCUGCCACCGAGGUGUUGUGCAUGAUGUUUGGACGCUAGACUAGUUGCAUCUGAUGGGAGAAAUUUGUGUUGUACCAGCGCAUGCCUUGGAAAGACUUAAGUAAUGCAAAAGGUUGUCCUUUUUUUUUUUUAAUCUACUGACAAGUUGCUCUAGUAACCCAAAGAAGUGAAGGAGAAAGCAGCUGCCUCACCGCCCAGACAUUGAUUUGUUCAGAUGUUUCAAUGCCUCAUGAUACAAUAAAACCACAAAAAUUUUCUUAAAAAAAAAAAAAAAAAA